CGCCGUUUCGGGUACCGAUUUACAUGGACACAAAAUAUGGGUAAGCAGCAGUGGGCAAUGAGCUUGCAAAUCCUUGCGAAUAAAGAGUCUUGAAUUUGACCAUAAUGUCACUAAAAUAUCUAUAAAUAUGGCAUUUGCAUUGCUUGCACCCAGACCAAACUCCCAUCCGUUUCAAGAAAGGCAACUUUCUUUAAAAGAACCCAUAAAAAUUGGUAGAGCAGUAGCCAAGGCUAAAUCAUCACAAACCAAUGGAAUAUUCGAUUGCAAGGUUCUGUCACGUAAUCAUGCUGUUAUGUGGUAUGAAAAAGGAAAGUUUAUGCUUCAAGAUACUAAAAGCAGUAAUGGAACAUAUGUAAACAGUGUUCGCUUGAGCAGAGGUUCUGAGGAAAGUGAACCAUGUGAGAUUAAAUCUGGUGAUAUUCUACAGUUUGGAGUUGAAGUAGUUGAGAAUUCCAAAAACGUCACACAUGGUUGCAUAGUUGGACUUGUAACUCUUUUUCAUGAAGAUGGAAGUGAGGCUACUGGUUCACAUGAUGAAAGUCAACAAGGUUUGCUGUCUCUACUCACAGCUGAUAAAAACAUCCAACCACAUGAGCUGUGGCAACUUUCACAAUUUUUACAGGAUGCUUUGCACAGAGAGCAAAUGCUAGAAAACAAGUUAGCUACUUUACAAAGAAUGAUAUCAAAUUCACAUGCAGCAUCUGAGGACACAUUUCAGGGGUUUAUUCAGGAAGAUAAACUACUAUCACGGCUUGAAACUCUGGAAAACCAGUUGGAACUUUUUUCCAAGGAAAUAACAGAAGAGGACUUGCAAGCUGAGCUAGUUUCUUAUCAAGAUGAACGACUGCAUUAUGAAUCUGCAGCUAAGGAAACAUUGCAGAAUAUAUUAAAAGAAAAAGUUGAAGCACUUCAAAAAUGCAGUGAGUUAGAACGUCUACUAAGCAACACAGAAGAUGAAUGCUCACACUUGCGUUCUGUGUAUGAAAAAUCUCAAGAAGAACUACACGACUUAAUGGAAAAUCACAGAUUGAGAAUGGAUGAAAUGCAAAAAUUAAAAGACGAAAUGGAAGCGACAAAUCACCGCCAUGAGGCUGUUUGUGAAAAGAAUAAAAGUGAUUACGAUGCAAUAAAAUCACAAUUGGAAGAUGCAGAGCAGCGAGGAAGUGCUAUGGCUGUUGAGGUGGAAUCCUUGCAAGCUGAAUGUGACUUUACUAAGAAACAAAUUGAAGCCAUGAAAGAGCGACUUCAACAGCAACAGAAAGCUGUAGAUGAUGAUAGUUUAGAGACAGAAGAAACAGAAGAUUCUGAACCAUCAACACCUGAUCUACCAUUUGCUUCAGAGCAUGCAACCCUGGAAAAGGAUGUUAAAAACAAAACAGAAUAUAUAAAAACUUUAAAACUACAACUUGCAGAAGUUCAAUCGGAGUUACAAAGAGAAAGAAGAGAAACAAGAGCUUUAAAAGACAAAAUGGAGUCUGUAGCAUCACAAACGGAGUCCAAACCCAUUGUGUCAGUGCAUGAUUCUUCUAAAAAACUUAAAGACUUAUCAAAAGAAAUUGAAAUUGCACAGGAGUUUCAGGCCCUUUUAUUGGAGACUAAAGAAUAUAUUUUCAAAAUUUGUAAGCCAGACAAGCAACAAAACCUUUUAUCAACGUCAUGGACGAAGCAUACAGAUUUCGAUGCUAUUCUUACGUCACCUGAUAAUGUUGACCAGUACAACUCGUGUUUGGAAUCGCUAUAUGCAAACAAAAACUUGUUAGAAUUAAUUAAUGGUGAUCUUCAGGACAUUUUGAAUUAUACAAAAGAAGAUGAAAAUGAAAAGUUUAAACAAAGAACCCAAGAAGUAGAAGAAAGGAAUAUUACAGAUGAACUGGCUGGUGCUUAUUCUGAACUUGAAGAGGUAAAAAACCAAAUCAUGAUCCUUGGUGAAAGACUAAUGGAGGAACAAGAAACAAAUAAACGAACAAAAGAACUAGCAGCUUCUUUAGAGUUAAAGUUAUUACAACAAGAUUGGAAGAACAGACUAUUGAUACAAAGUACUGAAGAGAUGAAAGAUCAACUGUACGAAGCUCACAAACACAUGAAUAUCGAGAAGUUAGACAAAUCAAUGAGUUACGAGUCCCUUGAGUCUGCUAGGAAAUUAGCAAAUGAAAUGCAGAAGCAAGCAUCAGAUUAUGCCAAAGUGGCUGGACAGGAGAAAGUCGAGAUUGAAAAUCUUGCAGAAGAAAAUGAAACGCUCAAAAUGAAAGUUUCACGUUUGGAAAGUGAAUGUAAAAAACUCCAACAAGAAAAUGCUUUGAUAAAUCAUAUGGAAUCGACAGUUUCAAGACUGAGAAAGAUUUCUCCCAAGAAACCUAUUCGUGCUGCACAACAGAAUUUACACAAAGAAUUUGACGAAGUUUCAGAUCAAUACAUGAUUAACCAUCAUUGCAAAGUACUGCACAGAUUGUAUGACGUAGAAUAACAGACCAAAUAAAAAACUAGAUGAGGAAUGUUCACUGUCAUAAGUUAGAAAAUGUUCCAUGAACAGUUCAUAUCUCAAAGUGGUUUCACUCAAAUGUGUUAUAAUUAAAUGUAAUAUUUUGCAGUCGCGUUGUCAAUUUGUAAUUUUUUUUAGUUUAUCAAACCAAUCAAGUUUUAUAGAAUCAUUAAUUUAUGUAUGUUUAAUAAAUUAUUUUUUAUACUUCAGGAUGCAUUAUCUGUUUUUAUAUACAUUUUGUAUUUAUAUUUUGGUAUUGUUCUUUUUCUUUGUCUGUUUUUAGUAUCUCAAUUUAUUAUAUUGAUAGUUCUCAUAUAUUAGUAUUUGCUACCUUAUGCCUAUAUACAAGAAUUAAGUUUAUUGACAAAACUCGUUUCCUAAUGUGACAUUGAUUCAUGUGACUGUAAAUAAGACCGUUUUCAUAUUUUGAUCACACGUAAGUUUUUCGUGAUCCUGUUCCUACUGAUUACUCAUUUAAAGCUUCACAUUUUCCAAAGAUUUUUUUAUUCUGACUACUGUUACUCACAUCUUUUAUUUUCUGACAAAGCCUAAUGAAUGUCGACUGACCUUGACUCACUACCGCAAUAAUGAUUAAAAUAAAUAAAUAUAAUUAUUGUCACUUGAAUAUAGGAAUACGAAAAUAAAUGCAUGUUUGUCUCUGUUUUUAACACAUCUACAAUAAUAUAUUUGGUAAGAUGAGUUAGCAAACUGAUAGUCAUAAUUUUCUUAACUCCUGUAUCAGGCAAAUGUAUAUUUUUUUGUUUUUAAUAUUUUAUGACCAUUUUAGUUUCCUAAAAAAAAGCUUUUACAUAACACAAAAAUGAGAUUUUUUAUAAGUACCCUCUUUCGAUUUCUGCCCCCUUCGAAUUGGUGCCCAACUUGAAAGUAAAAAGUUUAUAUAAGCGCCUGGGGCGCUUAAUUAAGCAUUCACUUUCACUGCAUAGAGAUGUGAAUUGAUAUAGCUAAAAUUCGUUUUGUUUGUGUCUUUAAAAGUUUUACAAUGAUUUAUUUUUUAAUUUAGUUGACAAAAGUAUUAUGUUCGUAUUGAUAGAAAUAUACAUCUGUAAGGGAAA